AUGAGUGGAGCACCAUACAUGUACAACAAUAGGUUCGACAGUUUUGACGAUGCACGCUUCCCGACCACUUCCUUCGACCCCAAGGCCAUCACCAGGUCCAGCUGGGAGCCAAAGCCGGUCAAGCCCAAGCACGAGGGCCCGCUUGUGUCUUUCAACCGCCACCCAGACGCACAUGAGGUCCGGGGCCCACGGCCGCAGUGGAAGUCUUUUGGCCCUUCCACAAAAUGGUGGAUCAAGUGGAUGAGGAUCGUGCAGCUGGCGUUUCGCGUGCUCGAGAUGAUCGUCGCCGCUGGCAUCCUCUUCCUCAUGAUCGUCAUUACUGAGGUUAGCCCUCUAACCGCAUGGGUCAUGAGGAUCACCGCCGGUGCAGUUCUGAUCCACUGUGUCUACGGCAUCUUUCACCUCGCCCGGCCGGCUGGGGCGAGACCCCCAGGGUCCUCCGCCGGCUACCAGAUAUUCUCAUCCAUAUCUGACCUCACCGCGCUCCCUCUCUACGCCUUUGGCGCUCUGUCUGUCCACAACUCGAGUACUGAGUGGGCAACCCUACUCAACCCACAGAGCCUCAUGGCCUACUUCCUACCCUCCCUGUAUUAUGCCCUCAUCAGCGGCGGGGCGCUGCACUUGCUGUCGCUCUGCAUUGGCCUCUGGCUGGCCCUGAAGUUCAGGCAGAUUGCUCGGAUGCCGCCUGACUGCAACCCUCUCGAGGACAACCUGACUUCCAGACAGCACAAGAGGAACAAGUCAUCCAUGACAGCGGCGUCCACGUUCCCCACCGAGGACGAGAAGCGCCUGUCCACCCCUAUCGAUGGCCGCCGGUACUCUGGUCUCCCGAACGAUGACCUCAGCCGCCCGGCCUCUAUUCCCUUCCACGCCACUCGGUCCAGCCCGCGCAGCUCCUUCGGCUCAGCUGACUUCCCUGCAAGACAAUACCAGAUCACGCCUGGUAACUCCCCCAAGAGCUCGCCUCGGAACUCGGCCACUGGGGAGGACCUCAAGAGGAUGUCUGGCGCACCCUCGUCGCCUCUUUCUAGCAAGCCUGCCCCGCCGCCUCACCGAAGCCCAUGGCGCGGCUCUUAUUCUUCUUAUGCUGAGGUUCCCACCCGGGACAUCGUUCCGGACUCGCCCAGGAGCUAUGGUCAUCAAUCCAGACCUAGCACCGGCACGGUGGCCGCGCACCACCCUGCCAUCACAAACGCGCCUGACAAUGCUGCACUGCCAAGACCCGCGAAGUUCACAGAGUCUUGGUAUGCUUCAGAGUCGCUGAUAAAUCGCACGCAGGAGCGCAACCGCGCCAUCAACGCUGCUGAGAGGGCCGCCGAGAAGAGGAAGAUGGUGCUGGGCUAUGAGUCUCUGACCCACCCGUAUGACACGCGAGACUCAGACUCCGAGUCUGAUUAUGAGGACGGCGGCAACGGCCGUGGGAACGGGUACAGGGGCCUCAUGAGCCCAGGGGCAGACGAAUUCGACGAGAACGAUGGCGACCUGGCGUCCCAGCACCCCAACCCGCUUCGGUCCAACCCGUCGCUCGUCAACUUUGGCCAGGCCACGGGCAAGCAGGGCCGCAGGCCCAACAGCGACUACCCCAUCAACCGGAAGUCAUCCGCCCUGUCCGAGAUCGACCUCAACGACCAGCGCGUGAGCGGAAACCAGCAGGCCGGCAAGAAGGCCGGCGGCGACAUCACGGACGAGAAGCCGGGGCGGAGCUACGGCGGGCUCAAGGCCAGCCUCAGCAAGCGCUACACGUGGGCCGGGGGCGCCCGCAACCGAAACAGCUCCAUCCAACCCGAGUCGGACUUCUACUCGAAGCCGUACGGCGAGCUCAAGUCAGCGACGCCGCCCGUCAUCAUCGGCAGUGACAGGCAGGUCUCAUCCGGUAACGACCUGGAUCUGAGCGGCGCGGGGGGCGGGGAGGCUGCGAAGAGGUAUUUCUCGUUCGGGAAGAGGAACGUGAGUGGUAAGGUCGCUGAGGAGGGCCGGGGCAUCGGUUGGGCCAGGUAG